AUGGCGUCCGCAGACCCAUUCUCCGACAGGAACGCCCUCGAUGCCAACCCCUUUGCCGAUCCCUCGGUACAGGGCGCUCUCAACGACUCGAGCCGCAUCUACGGCGAGGACGACGCUCCCUCUAUCUACAAGGGCGCCGACACCGAUGCACAGAGCAACCCCUCUAGGGCCGAUGCCGCCCGCGCCGACGAGCUCAGGCAGAGGGAGAGAGAACUAGAGAGGAGGGAGCGCGAGCUCGAAAACCGCGCCGCACACAUCCAGAAGCACGGCCGCAAUAACUGGCCGCCCUUCUACCCGCUCAUCUACCACGACAUUGACGCCGAGAUCCCGCCGGAUGCCCAGCCCAUCAUGUCCAACAUGUACAAGCUCUGGCUGCUCCUCGUCCUCACCCUCAUCAUCAACAUGGUCGCCUGCAUCCUCUUGCUCGUCUCGGGCUCCAACGACGGCGGAAAGGACAUGAUCUCGGGCAUCGUCUACCUGCCAGUCAUCACCGUCGCCAGCUUUUUGCUGUGGUACAGACCGGUCUACAACGGGUUCAUGAAGGAGCACUCGCUCUUCUACUACAUGUAUUUCAUCUGCGGCUUCCACUUGGCAUUCUCGCUCUACUGCUUCCUGGGGAUCCCUUCUACGGGCUCGGCUGGUCUACUCAACACGAUCCAAUGCUUCACCAACGGGCGCAUCGUGGCUGGCGUCUUCGGUGCGCUGGCCACGGCCGGUUUCGCGCUGCAGGGGCUGGGCAACCUGUGGUACUAUCGGCUCAUCUGGCAGCACAACCACGAGCAGGGCCACACGUUUGCGCAGGCCAAGGCCGAGCUCACGACGCACGGCAUGAAGGCCUACUUGUGA